AUGACGCCAAGUCCAAACCCCUUAUCGACCAGUCGGUCCAUCAGGUUCAUAGACCGAUAUUUGUGCAGAAUCAUCCAUAAUCCCGUUAUCACCUCCACACUUUUGAUGUGCACGAUAGCCGCCAUCCAAAGCAACCAGAUCUACAACUUGUACAACUCCACUUUCAACCUGCCCGACUUCAUCUUUGUUGAUGAGUAUGUUUUUGACAUAAUAUCCAAUGCAUUGAACAUUUUAUUUGUGUUUCGCUUCCAGUUGAAGAGCCAGAAGCAAAUUAACAAGACAUGGGAAACACUUCUUUUCAUAGCACAGAAUAUCGGCUGCUACAACCUUCUCUUCAGCAGCAAGUACAGCAUCUUGUUCAACUACGAGAUCCACAGUUCUCUCAAAGUAUGUCUUGUGACACAAAUCCUCUUUCCAUACUUGAUCUUGCUCAUCAAUUUAUUGGACUGGAAGAAGUUGACCUAUGCCAACUUUUUGCACGAUUGCAACAGCAAUUUGCUUUCCAUCUUCAUCAGCCAUUCCUUCCUCUUCAUCAACUACAACUUCCCCUACUUUGAUGCACCAGAAGUGCUUCUGGGCACCAUAGGAAACUUCCCAUUCAUCUACAAAAUCAGUGCAUUUUCGCUCAAGUUCUACUGUAUCUACGGAUUCAUCAUCUACGAGAUCGCCCUCAUCUUGUACGAAACAGACGUCGCUGUGGGUAAUCUUGGUUCACUCAACUGUCAAUCUGAAGAUUGCUACAACACCGACAAAUUGCAGAAAGAAAAUAACGGAAGACGCAGAUCGCCUUCGAUUCUUACGAAAUUGUACAGAGAUUGGAGCAGCUCGGUUGUUGUUAUGAGCAGCCUCUUUGUCAUUGCAAUCGACUUUGUAUUUGUCUGCAUAGCCCCAUAG